AUGGUUGAGAAACAGGCAGCUGUAGAAGAAAGUUUUGGUGAUGGACAAGAAGAUAGUUAUGAUGCUGUUGUUGUGGGGUCUGGAUAUGGUGGUUCUGUUGCAGCUUGCCGCUUGUCUAUGGCAGGUGUAAGAGUAUGUCUGAUUGAGAAGGGCCGGAAAUGGGAGUCUCAGGAUUUUCCAACUGAUGUCUCCAAAAUCUUGUCGGCUUUCAGAAUGGAGAACCAGAACUUAGGCUUGAGCUUUGGACCAAAGGAUGCUUUAUUCCAGGUAUACGAACAAAAUGAUUCUCUAGCAGCUGUUGCUUGUGGGCUUGGUGGAGGAUCACUCAUCAAUGCAGGAGUUAUGAUACCAACACCAGUCCGUGCUAGAUGUCAUCCAAAAUGGCCAAAGGAAUGGGAAAGGAACUGGGAUAAUUGUGAAGCUUCUGCAACAGCCAUGCUGAAAAUACAAAGUACACCUGUCAAGUUUCCUUCUGCGAAAACCUUGGAAGAAGUUGCAUAUGGAGAGCUUGGAGAAACUUUUGAGAUGUCAAUGAAGCUGAGUGUCAAUUUUGAUAUUGAAGAACCAAUAACCAAGGGAAUGAAGCCUCCACAGAUGAGUAGCUGCUUAGCCUGUGGGAACUGUCUUUCUGGAUGUCCUUACAAUGCCAAAAGUUCUACAGACAAGAACUAUAUACUCUCAGCAAUCCAGGAGGGAUGCAUUGUUAAGACAGAAUGUCAAGUGAAGUAUGUAGUGAGGAACCUGUAUGAAAAUUUCCCAUGUGAAAGAAAGAUUGUCAGGAAAAAUAGAAGAUGGCGUGUUUACUUCAAUGAGAUUGAUUAUAUAACUUCUGAUUUUGUAAUUCUAUCAGCUGGCGUGUUUGGCACAACUGAGAUACUCUUCCAAUCCCAAAUGAGAGGACUGAAACUUUCAGAAGCACUUGGAUCUGGAUUCAGCUGUAAUGGGAAUACUGUGGCUUAUCUUGCUGGAAGUCCAGCGCCAUUGGGUGCUUAUGGAUUAGACAGAAAGCAGAUGUUUAAGACUCCUUUUGAGAAAAGGCCAGGACCAUCAAUCACUUCAUCUUACACCUCUUCACUGGGAUUUACAAUCCAGAGUGCUGUACUUCCAACAGCUUAUCCAUACCUGCUGUUUAAAGGGAUUACAACAUAUGGGUGGCCUGCCGGAUACUGGUUUUUUCAUGGGAUUAUAGACAAGAUAAAACAUAUUAUAGGUUUCAAAGCAUGCCAAUCAAUGGUCCUUAUUGCACUAGGACAUGAUGAGAGUGAUGGUAAGAUCACAUUAGAAAAGGGAACAAACAAAAUCUGCUUCACUCCACCUCAUGAUCCCCUUCUUCCACGAAAAAUUAAAGCUUUUCAAAGGCUGACUAAGAAAUUAGGAGGAUUUCUUUUUAUGGCAAAAUACCGAAGUGCAUCAGUACAUCUUCUAGGAGGGUGUAAUGCAUCAUCAGAUCCUUCACAUGGUGUUUGCAACCCUGACGGGCAGGUUUUUGACCCAAAGUCACCUGCCACAAUUCAUCCCGGCCUGUAUGUCUGUGAUGCUUCUUUGAUUCCAUGUUCUGUCGGCAUAAACCCAUCUCUUACUAUUGCUACUGUAGCUGAGCAUGUGAGUAGGAACCUUGUGCAGGAUGUUCUCAUGUACAAGAGCAGGGAAGGUCUUGAAUGUGUUCUUAAAACUCCUAAUCAAGAUACAGAAUCCUUCAUUGAUAGGAAGGCUAUAAAUGGCCAGAGAUCAUUGGUCACAAUUAGAGAAACUAUGAGAGGUUAUAUUGGCGGUAUGCCAUGCACAGCUUAUCUCAUAAUGAAAAUGAACUCCCAGGGCCAGACGGGCUCUCCUAAAUGGAAGUUGGGUAAUGGAGAAUCCCAUCCCCUUCUAAGAGGGAAAGUUGGAGGGCAUGUGGAAAUGAUAUCUUUUGAGAAGGACAAGUUACAUAUUCUAGACGGGAAUGUAAAUUUGUGUGCAGUAGAUGACAGAACUCCUUACACACAGUAUAUGCAUUAUCGCCUUCUUCUUGCAGCUUCUACUGGCUCAAGAUAUAUUCUUGAGGGAAGAAAGAUAAUGAACCCUUAUCUCUUUCCCGUAUAUGCUUGGAGGGAAAUGACAACACUGUAUGUGACAUUUGCAAAAGUUGCAGAGAGGAACUCAAAGGAAGAGAAGACGAUUUUGAAAGGGGAGCUUAAUAUUUCUAUGACAGAGCUUCUUAAGAGCACCAUAAGCCUUAAAGAAGAUGGAUUCAUUAUCAGUUGCAAGCAAUGGAAGCCCCACCAUAUUUUGUCAAAACUCAAACGAGAUGAACAUCAAAAUCCUGUUCUCCUUCUUAAUGGAUAUUCUACUGAGAGUUACUGGCUGCCAACAGAAGCCAAUGACUUAGUAAGAUAUUUACUCGAAGAAGGGCAUGAUGCAUGGCUUUUACAACCAAGAUUCCACCCUCUGAAUCCUUCAAACAAUUUUACGAUUGAAGAUGUUGCAAGAUUUGAUAUCCCUGCUGCAAUAAAUAAGAUCCUUGAACUUCAUGGACCAAGGGCCAAGGUGCAUGUAGUUGCACAUUGUGUUGGAGGGUUAGCCAUACACAUGGCAGUCAUGGGAGGUCAUGUAUCUGCAACCCAUGUAGCUUCUCUGUCUUGCACUAACUCUUCAAUGUUCUUCAAGCUUAAUGCUUUCUCCAGAGUCAAAAUGUGGCUUCCUCUGAUCCCAAUAUCAAUGUUCAUACUUGGAGAAGACAAAACAGUUCCUCUAUUGGAAAUAUCAAAGCUCACCUCGCGGCACCACCUCCUGAGACGUAUAGCCCGCUUCAUACCCCGGUAUGAGAGGUGCACCUGCAAUGAAUGUGUAGUUUUUUCCGGCAUGUUUGGAAACACCUUUUGGCACGAAAAUGUUACCCCCAGCAUGCAUCAGUGGUUGAACAAGCAAAGCUCAACAAGGCUUCCUAUGUCAGCAUUUCCCCACCUCAGGAAAAUAUGCAACUCUGGUUUUAUUGUAGACUGCAAUGGUUGCAACUCAUACCUGAUCCAUCCAGAAAGAAUGGCACUCCCAACCUUAUAUAUAUCGGGCGGGCGAUCUCUCCUUGUGACUCCUCAGACUUCUUUCCUAGCGCAUAAGUAUAUGAAGCUGCACCAACCUGGCUUUAGACAUGAAAGGGUGGUUGUGGAGGGUUUCGGGCAUUCAGAUCUAUUGAUUGGAGAAGAGUCUCAUAAGAAGGUGUUUCCUCACAUUCUGUCCCAUAUUAGAUUAGCUGAUGAAGGAGAAAUUUAUACCAAUAGAAACAGGUGCAGUAAAGAGGCAUUGGAUUGGGAAGCUGAUCAGCACUAUGAAGGCAGCUUUGGACCUUGGGGAACUUGGUUUUCUCCUUUUGUGGUUGUUUCGUUGUUUAUUAUGUUAGUUUCUUUGCUGAUCCUAUUGGUUUUAUGA